AUGGGCAUUGCCUUAUGUUACUAUCCGCCCACGAGUUCUCCAUUGUAUGAGACUCUGAAGUCGCUCAUAAUGUCGCUACAAACCUUAUUCCCAGACUCUGUCUCAUUCGAACCACACCUCACAAUAACUUCUCAGUUAAGAUGUGAAGAUCAAGAGCAAGUCACAGCAAUCCUGACGGCUGCAGUUGCAGCCGUCAAGUCUAUCAAGCCCCAGCUUGAGGCUUCGGACAGCUCAAUGGUCACAUUCGACUCGGUCAAGGUGGGUAAAAAGUACUUCCAAAAGGUCCGCCUGUGCUGCAGUCAAAACAAAUAUCUUUACGGCAUAGCCCAGAUAAUACGAGAACUGUUUGUGUUGGAAUCACACGAUCCUGCUGCUGCUAAGGAAUGGGUGCUCACAUCAUUUGCUCCUCAUGUUUCGCUUGUCUACAGCGAUUUGUAUCAUGUCGAUCAAGCCCUUCUACGGUCUGUUCAGCAGCGCAUUGAAGAUGCGUUAAGCACUGUUCUAGUCAGUGAAACUGUACAGGAUGUGGAAAAUCAAUUUAGCUGGCUUAUACAGCAGCCUAUAAGCGGCUGGAGUAUUCCAGGAACAUUCAAAGUGGUCAGAUGCGAAGGCCCAGUUCACGAGUGGGAAGUUCUGGGUAGUGUUGACGUAUAA